GGGGAAUUUUACCUCGUUUGGUUGCCCACAUACCCGUGUCUUACCAAUCUAAAAGAAAACAAGGAAGUGAGUGACUCACCGUCGUCAUUUUUCAUUCCAGACACACUGCGUCGCCAUCCCGCUUUAUGUCAUGGCGCAAUCAACACAGACGGCGGUGCCGACCAUGAAUGUGAUUCUUGUACCCGAGUAUUAUUACGCGGUCGACAUCAACUACUUGACGCAUAUGAUUGCGGAUAUGCUCGGUCGAUUGAUAACCCACAACGACCUUAUUCCCCUAACGCCCAGCAAUCUAACCCGCUUCCAUUCCAGGACGCCGCCCAAUAUAUCACUCAGUGACUACUUGCGUCGUAUUGUCAAAUAUACUUCAGUCGAAAAGUCCUGUCUCCUCAUUCUGCUUAUUUAUAUCGAUCGUGUAUGCGAGCUUCAUCCUCAGUUUACAAUAUCUUCUUUAACGGCCCAUCGAUUCCUAAUUACAGCCGUUACCGUAUCCUCGAAGGCGCUGUGUGACUCUUACUGUACCAAUACACAUUACGCGAAAGUGGGAGGUAUUUCCACACAAGAGCUGAACGCAUUGGAGCUAGAGUUCCUCACUUUGAUCGAUUGGCAUCUUGCGAGUACUGGGCCUAUCUUGCAGCAAUACUACGCAAACUUAGUACAGCAGCAUCCGUGUUACGAACGCAUGCGGUCCGAGCCAUCGUCCGUUUCAGAAUCAUCGACUUCAACAAGAAAAAGACGACGAAGCAGUAGUGGCGAUGCUAAAUCACAGCCAGAGAAAAGUCCAUCCAAGGGGUCAGACCACGUGAUAGAACAUAAAAACGCGAUAGAGCAUAGAAACGAUUCGAGUAACCUUGGAAAUGGAUCAGACAUCGUUGGCGAAGAAGAGAUUAUGCACCAUUUCAGCCAGUUACUCGAUGAUGACAACAUACCCUAUAUUGCAUGAUCUGGUUGCCAAAAAUUUUGGAAUCUCACCUUGUUUUGCUUGGAACGCCUGCCUUUCUCCCGCCCAAAUUCAUCCCAUGGAAAAAACGCGGGCGUUUUUUCCGCUAUUCUUUAAUGUUGCUGAAAAAUUAUUUAUCCUUUUUUUUUCUUAUAGUUAUCAUUGUUAUGCAGAUUGUAUAUAUUGGGUUUUUUCUUCCUCAAGCAGAAACGAAGAAGAUAAUAACAUAAAAUUAACGGAAUUCAUACCAUUUUUGGAGUUCUAUCAAA